AUGGAUGAUGCAAGGGAGGAGGAGGGGCGGGAGAAGAGGAUCACGUACUCGAGGGAGCUGCUGCUCGCCGUCGGCGGCUCGGAGGCCUGCAAGGCGCUGCCCGCCGGCCGCUUCCACCUGCUGCUGUCCAACGACCCGAGCACCGUGACACUCUGGGCGUCGGGAGCGGCGAGGGGUUGCGAUUGCUCGUCUCGCGCGGAGGCUCGGGGCGCCCGCCCGGCUGGAAGAGCAUGCGGAGCUGGCCACGGGGCUUUGCCUCGGCGAGCCCGAGAGCCGGAGUCAUUCCAGACGGGCGUAGGGAGUAAAUCCAAGCCAUGGCCAUGCACACGAUUCUUCAGUACUGCAGGCUGCCGCUUUGGUGAGGAUUGCCUCUUCACCCACGACUUCCCGGGCGGCUACCAGGCCGUGGCAAACCUGGGCAGCCUGGGCGGUGAAGCUCCUUCGCAAGACGAGAAGGAACUUUCCGAGCCUCUGUCCCAGGACAAGUCAGCGCCACCACACAUAGAGCGAGGGACCGCUGGUCGCCACGCACCUCCACUGGCGCCCAACCCCGGCACGGCAGCUCCGGCGGGUUUCGGCGCUCCGGCGACGGCCAGGAUCACCGUGGACGCGUCCCUCGCGGGCGCCGUCAUCGGGCGGGGCGGAGCGACCAUCAGGGAGAUAUCCCGGGCCAGCGGCGCCAGGCUGCGCAUCCGCGAUCACGAGCGGGACGCCGGCCUGAAGAACGUGGAGCUGGAGGGCACGCCCGACCAGAUCAGGCACGCCAGCGCCAUGGUCUGGGAGCAUCUCCCGGUGCCCGGCGGAGGGCGAUAUAACGGCCUCAAGACCAGGCUGUGCGCGCACUUCGCCAGAGGGUCCUGCACCUAUGGCGACGGCUGCCGCUUCGCCCACAGCGAGAGCGAGCUCCGCAGGCCGGCCCCUGCUGCUCGAGAGCCGUGUGGUUGGUAGCUGUCCAUGGACGACCGCUGGAUGAGACCAGUGUAACUCUGAAUUUGGGAUUAUGCCGUCGAUUUGAUGGAUUCCAUAUUGCAUUUUAGUCAUGACUUUUAUCAGCAUGUUCCGUCUUUAGUACUGUAAUUCAUUUUCUCAAUUAUCUGUAGUAUACAAAAU